CUGGACCUGCACUGUCUACUCGAGAACUGGAUACAAACGCCUUGGAUCAGACUCAGUUAUGGUGACAGUUCUGUACCACCCAUACAGCUUGACCAUGAGGACCAUUUACGCCCAACGAGGAGACACAGUGAAUCUGAGCAGGUCCGACAUCAGCCUUCCAGCACCACACGUCUUCAGAUGGCGCCAGACCGGUCUGGACUCCGAGUUCGCCGAAUCGACCAAACCACCAGUCAUACCAAAUAUACAGCUGCAUCACUCGGGGGACUAUAUCCUGGAUGUCACAAACAUGUUCCCCUCAGGGCGUUCAUACUCUGGCAUGGAUCUAAUCAAACUGUAUGUGUCAUAUGCCCCUCCAUCAAAUGCGAAAGGGAGGUAUCAGUGGUGGAGGGAAAGUCUCUCGAUUUAGAGUGUGACGUCGAAGCCUACCCAGAUCCACACACCCUGACAUGGUCGCACAGUACAGGAUACAAGAAAGAGGUGUCCAGCAUGACAGAGAAAUACCAUAUUCCUAAGGUCUCUCACUCUGAUGGCGGCCUCUACACCUGUGAGGCCCAGAACAACAUCACCGACCGCGAUGGAAACGUUGACAUUGGCGUUGGAACGUGUACCAUACGGGUAACUGUCCACGACGUCGAAGCUACAACAUUACCAGUUGUUGCUGCCAAUUCACACAAGGGAGGCAACUCUAUGACGACUGUUGUGUAUGUUGUUGGCACGAUCCUUGUCCUGAGUGCUCUCGUUCUUGUCAUUGUUCUCGUGGUGUUGACACUGAAGCGUCUCCAGAUGAAAGGGAAGGGAAAAGAAGACAUGAAGAUGCCUCCUCCCGUCCCUGAAAAUCUCCAAGAAGAGCAUGCCUAUGAAGGACUGACUAUUCGCUGAGGUGUGACGGAAUGCCCCGGGCAGCAUUGCAAGAUUCUUCACAAGCCCAUCCGCUACCUCCCUG